CAACACAGGCUCCUGUAGCUUCUGUGAAUUUACCGUGACGCUUUUACUUGUUAACGUCUGGGGACCUCAGCGCCUGCUCAGGAACAGAGGUGUCUGUGCGAAACAAACAGCUGUACGAAGGUCCCAGACAGGUUAAAGAAGUACCAUGGACGAAGAGGAGCAGUUUGUGAACAUUGAUCUGAACGAUGACAAUAUCUGCAGUGUCUGCAAAUUGGAGACAGAAACGGGGACCUUAUCUUUCUGCCAUGUGUGCUUUGAACUCAGCAUCGAAGGUGUCUCCACUGCCACCUUGUUGCACUCUAAGUCGCUGCGUGGCCACAGAGACUGCUUUGAGAAAUGUCACCUCAUCGCCAACCAGAAGCUGUCCCACUCUAAGGUCUCGCGGAGUGCCUACGAGGGCAUGAAGCUGGCGCUCAGCCAGAAGCUGAACCGCAUCAUUCAGUUUGCCCAGAACAAAGACCCUGUCUCCUCCAACGGCUGCACCAGACGCGGGGCCAAGCUUCUUUGUUACAGCCAGCAGAGUGACCGCAAGCUGGUACCCCAGUCUGAUGCCCAGGUCCCCCGCUACACUCCCUGCUGGGACAGGGGCAGAGCAGCAGGGCUUCCUGAGUACACAGUGGGCAUGCUGGAGUGUCACACAGCAGAGGAGCUGGAACUGCUGCCUGGGUCUCAGCCACACGUUUGGAGUGAUGGAAGGACAGUUCUGCACAGCAGGAGCCGUCCAUCAGGAGGACCCACGCAGCGGGGACACCAGGGCCACACCAGAGAUGAACUGACUAAAAUGAGCGUGGAUGAGCUCCAUCAGCUGAACGGCCAGCUGCUGAAGCAGGUUCAAAACAUUUUCGAGGAGCUGACGGCCGCCGUGCAGGAGAAGGACUCUUUGGCGUCAGAGCUGCAUGUGCGUCACAUCGCCAUCGAGCAGCUCUUCAAGAACUGUGCCAAACUACCCUGGCUGCACAUCAGCAGAGCGGGGCUGAAGGCCACCAGUGGCGGCGGCGGCGGCGGCCCUGUCGAAUAAGGAGCUACAGGAGAGCGGCAGGCGAGGCGGGGAUUGGGGUGUGUCUGCAUCUGGAAGUGAAAUAUUUCAGUGAUCCUGGAACAAAACCUGGAUUCUGAGUGACUUCUACGACACUAAAGUGACAUUGGGUUGUCAGCUCGUUAUUAGAGCAGCAUUAAAGGCUGGGCUGACAGCGGCUCUGCGUUCAUGAUCGCAGUGAUGAUGCAACAAUUAAUGUUGGUUUGCAAAUAAACAGCGGGUUGGCACAUGGCCUGAAUUCCACUGAACCCAAGGAGCUAGGAUGCACUUUGAGUAGACGAAGCACAGAGGUCCAACUCCUGGAAGUUAUGUUCUGUGCUGAAAAGACAAGAUCCCUUAUUUUUCUUGAGGAAAAUUUUUUAAUUUAGUCAACAAAAAAAAAAAAAGGUUUCGACAUUUUUACUUAUCUAUACACUCUUGGUUUUAUCUCAAGCAUUUCUGUUUUUUAUUGUUUUGUUUUACAGUUUUACUUUUUUCUGAUUGGGUAAUUUUUUUCAAAGUAUGACUUUCAUCAGUUGUCAACACUCCUCACAUCUCAUCUGAUCUGUAGAGAGAGAUAACAUUGUUUUUAUGAGGGCGUAAAAUGAAUCGAGUCCUUCGUAGUUGUGAAAUGGGGUUCAAGCUUUAUUAUGCUGCACAUUCAAUGUAAUGGUUUCAAUUAGAAGGCUGUAGGUGGCCCUAAACUGCUCUGAUUAUCCCAAAUAGUUUGUGAAAAAAGAGGUCAUUAAAAGUACAAGGCAUAUUUUAUGCAACAUUAUAGUCAUAAUAUAAGUUAGUAUCAAGUCAUAAUGUGAAGGAAAAGCACAAAAUGGGGCCUCAGGAUAUCUGAAAGAACCCAUAAAUAACUCAAAAAGGACUAAUAAACGGAUUUGGGGAGUGAAAUGAUGCAUAACCUGAAGCUUUUCAUCCUUUAUGGUCAUAUAUCUGUUUGUGGGGUUUGAUUGCUGUAGUGUUCAGAAAUGUGCUGCAACACGAGCAAACAUUGCACCCUCGGUGACUUAAAGUGUGUUUUUAUUUUUUAAUUGAGCUUUUAUGGUUUGAAUUGAUCACUGCACACUGAAUUAGUGCUGUCAGUAGAGGGAAAAAUAGCUUUAAAACCAAAGUUUGUACGUUUUGUCUGUUUUUAUAUGUGAACCACGAGCAUUCGGUCUUAGCAGAUGGUUUUUACGAUGCAAUAUCCAACAGAUUUCAAAUGUGCGUGGCUUAUACGUGACCUAAUUCUGCUCUGAAGGCACUACAGAGACUAUUUGUUUUCAAGUGUCUGUUUUAUGGCUCAUCUUCUUUAUCUUUCCUGAUCAGUGUUUACUUCUGUUGCCCCCUCUGCUGUUUUCAUAUGCGAGAGCUAAUUUGAUGUCACAGCAAUACAAACAGGGCGCCUGGUCUUCUGUGCCUCAGGAAGUCCCUGAUUUUUGUUUUGUUUUAACAAAGGGAGACAAAGAAAGACGAAUGAACCCUAUGCAAGAUGCAGACUUAUAAAUCAGAAGCUUUAUUGGUUAUCUGAGUUUUCCUCAGAGAUCACAGAGCUGGAGUAUUAUAAGCAGAAGAUGGAUGAGGCCAAUUACAUGUGGUGUAAUGUGUUGAAAAGUGGCACUGUAGAUGUAUUUUGCACUCUCUUUGUAAGAGAUUAGAUAUAUAACCCUUUUUUGGGUUUAAAGAGGUUUUGGCUCCAUUUUAAACUGCUAUGAUGUUUUUAUUUUUAGACAAGUGGGCAUGUGCGUUUGUGAAUUUUCAGUCAACCAAUAAUCAGUUGAACAUUUCUUUUGUGAUUGUUUGAAUUAUGAAUGCUGUUUUUCUCUCUUUUUUUUUUUGCUUUUGAAACCUUAGGAGAGCUGUCCCCAGGCUCAGCACAAAGAGCAGGUUGUCUGAUUUCUGUGGUAACAAUAUCGUUUUACUGACGAUCUAAGCAUCUGUGUUCUGGCUCUUUGUUUCUACUUUUGAACAUGACUGUGUAUGUGUUGUUGCGUGCUAUAUUUAUUGUGUGUUUACUGGACCUUAUACUGAUGGUGUGAUCUGUGCUUAAGUGACUUUUCUUUUUCGUUUCUUUUUUUAAAUAAAGUGAAAUUGUUUUUAUCUUUUGUCUGUUUUACUUGUACAGAGUUAUGUCCUAAAGCUUGAGCCUUAUACUUUUUACUAACUACAGAUGGAUCCAGGGCGCCACCUCGUGGAGAGAAUGGCUUCAAAUUGUUCAAGUUAUUAUAAUCGUGUCAUUUACAGGAAGUAUACUUCCACUUCUGUGAUUAUAUAUGACUUAA